CGCCCCGCCCCUCAGCGCGCGCGGCCGCGGCGCGAGCCGCCAAGAUGGCGUCGGCCCUGGAGCAGUUCGUCAACAGCGUCCGGCAGCUCUCGGCCCAGGGGCAAAUGACCCAGCUUUGUGAACUGAUCAAUAAAAGUGGAGAGCUGCUAGCAAAAAAUCUUUCUCAUCUGGAUACAGUGCUCGGUGCCCUGGAUGUACAGGAACACUCGCUAGGUGUUCUUGCUGUCUUGUUUGUGAAGUUUUCUAUGCCCAGCAUCCCUGAUUUCGAAACGUUAUUCUCACAGGUGCAGCUUUUUAUCAGCACUUGCAAUGGAGAACACAUUAGAUAUGCAACAGACACUUUUGCUGGCCUGUGCCACCAGUUAACAAAUGCCCUUGUGGAGAGAAAACAGCCCCUGCGAGGAAUUAGCAUUCUCAGACAAGCCAUAGACAAGAUGCAGAUGAACACAAACCAGCUGACCUCAAUACACGCAGAUCUCUGCCAGCUCUGUUUGUUAGCAAAAUGCUUUAAACCUGCCCUCCCGUAUCUAGAUGUGGACAUGAUGGAUAUUUGUAAAGAGAAUGGGGCAUAUGAUGCGAAGCACUUUUUAUGUUACUACUACUAUGGUGGGAUGAUAUACACUGGGCUAAAGAACUUUGAAAGAGCACUCUACUUUUAUGAACAGGCAAUAACUACUCCAGCCAUGGCAGUCAGUCACAUUAUGUUGGAAUCAUAUAAAAAGUAUAUCCUAGUUUCUUUGAUACUACUUGGUAAAGUUCAGCAGCUACCAAAAUACACUUCACAGAUAGUUGGUAGAUUCAUUAAGCCUCUUAGCAAUGCUUACCAUGAAUUAGCACAAGUUUAUUCAACAAAUAAACCCUCGGAGCUUCGAAAUCUGGUGAACAAACACAGUGAAACUUUCACGAGAGAUAACAAUAUGGGGCUGGUCAAGCAAUGCUUGUCAUCUCUCUACAAAAAGAAUAUUCAGAGGCUAACCAAGACGUUUUUAACAUUGUCAUUACAAGACAUGGCAAGUCGAGUGCAGCUGUCGGGGCCCCAAGAAGCAGAAAAAUACGUCCUCCACAUGAUAGAAGAUGGUGAAAUCUUUGCAAGUAUUAAUCAGAAAGAUGGUAUGGUCUGUUUCCAUGAUAAUCCUGAAAAAUAUAACAAUCCAGCUAUGCUUCAUAACAUUGAUCAGGAGAUGCUGAAAUGUAUAGAGCUUGAUGAACGACUGAAAGCCAUGGAUCAAGAGAUCACUGUGAACCCUCAGUUUGUGCAGAAGAGUAUGGGCUCUCAAGAAGAUGACUCAGGGACCAAACCAUCCAGUUAUUCUUGAAAUUAAUGUUGCUCACCACUCCGCUUUCAAGUAAAAGCUUAUGAAAGAAUCACGCCUGGAACGGGGCAUUGAGGAGUUCCACGAAGAGGGCAGAGAGAACUGAGCUUUGCUUUUCACCUGGACAUUAAGAAAAUAAAAGAACACCCUCUCAGUACUGUAUAAUAUCAGAAAUAUUCUCUGCAAAGAAAAAGGAAAUCUCAAAAGAAACUUGAAAGUCUGUUGUGGAUUUAUUUAUCUUCAGAUUAACAUUGUUAAUGCAUUAAAUAAUCUACCUUUUGUUUUAAA